GUCUUACGGAACCCGCAAAUAGACGAUGACAUUACCCCUCCAUUCGCGAUAUGGCCAUGCAGCGAUAGAUAGGAACGGAAACCCGAAAUUAAGUCGAUUAAAGACGGCGACUACUUUGGUCUUCUUGUGAUGGAGCAACGACGACCGCCAGAGUACAUUCUGGAAGUCUUCGCAGACCCAUCGUCUGUGAAGGACGUUGUAAAAGGCAUUCUACAUACUAUCUUCUUCCACCGAUUCUUCCCCUCUGUGCGACCCAGGACCCACGAUGUCCUUGACCUGACGCUGCCCGUUGUGGGGGAUGCGGAGCUGGAGACAUUGAUUGAACAAAAGACAUCUUCUCUUAUACGCCAGCUCGAUACUACCUCGGACCUGGGGUCCAGAAGUUCGGGUGUUCGCGGCCAAAUUGCCGUCCAGUUCUUCGAGAAGCGGCGGAGGAAGGCAUGGUUCACCAAAGGGGAGGAAGAGGUGUGCUGGGAACAGUGGACCCUAGAUGUCACUCUGGCCAUCCCACGAACAGAGAGUGAACGAGCAAAGGUUCGGAAGGCGAUGGAGACGAUGCUGCUGAAGACAGCUAUGAAGAUUGUGACUACUGUGAACCGCGAGAAAGACCAUAUCCCCCCGAUCACCACGAGUGAGUCAAACCCGUUUCCAUACCAAAUAAGUACGAAUCCGAAGGGUGAUGGAUGGGGAGCUAGGAUCGGGAUUUUCUAAAAUAUGAGGCGUGGGAUGGCGUUCAUGGGAACCAGGUGAUGGGCGUAUGUUUUUGCGGGGAAUAUGGGAAUAUGGGAAAUGAGCGACAUAGAGUAUGAUACCCAGUUAAACAAAUGCUAUACCUCUGGCUGGGAUAUGACUGGUGCUGUAUACUCAUAUGAGUAACACAUGCGAACAUGUUCCUGGUUGGAUGGCGAGCUACGCCAGGAUCAUGCCGCCACGACUUCUCCCGAGCACUUGUUUUGUUGCUUGCCGAGAAAAUAACGAAAUAACAAAUAUGACCUAGAAGCAAUAGAAGGAAGAUGUUUGGACAGGCUCAGCCUUGCAACGAAUAUACAACUAAUAUACAACU